AUGGCUUACAAGGCCGAGUACAAGACGACUUUCGAGCCCGGGCGUGUCAUCCAGCCCAUCUAUACUGGAGGAAGUGUCGCCCUCAGCCAGGAUGGUCGCAUUCUUGCAUCGUGUCUCGGAGAGGAUGCUCUGCUGAGUGAUCUGGCUACUGGUGAACAUCUGGCUAGAAUCGAAGGUGUAAGUUGUACUGCCGGGCCCUCUCAGCGUGGCACUGACGAGUUGACACAAGAUUUCUGCAGNGACGGUGAAUCCAUUACCACUCUUGCCAUGACUCCCGAUGCAAAGUACCUGGUCCUGUGUUCGCGCAACCUUUCCAUGCGUAUCUUCUCCCUCAGAACAUCUCCCACCGCCGACAGAAGCAUAGACGCCACUCUACUCAGGACCCUCAAACCGCAUACCGCUCCCGUCGUUGUCGCAGCAGUCGAUCCUACUUCUACUCUCCUGGCAACUGGUGGCGCCGAUGGUAUCGUAAAAGUCUGGGACAUCAANGGAGGCUUCACAACACACACUUUUCACGGCCACAGCGGCAUCAUCUCUGCCCUCCACUUCUUCCACGUUGACUCUUCAGCAUCCACGGCCGAGAACAAGUCGCGCAAGAGAAAGAGCAGGUCAGGUGACGAGGAUGCUGCGGAUACCACUGCUGGCUACCGCCUGGCAUCAGGAGGUGAAGAUGGGAAAGUCAGAAUUUGGGACCUCCAUAAGCGCAAGCCCGUUGCCACUCUGGACUCGCACGUCUCGGUUGUCCGCAGUUUGGACUUCUCCUCUGAGCAGCAACUUCUCCUUUCUGCCAGCAGAGACAAGACCGUCAUCACAUGGGAUGCAAAGACAUGGCAGUCCAAGUUGACCGCACCCAUUCUGGAAACUGUUGAAAGGGCUGGCUUCGUCGCCAACGGUGACUUUUUCUUUACUGGCGGAGAGAAUGCAAGAGUUCGUAUCUGGGACAUGGCUGGUCACGAGAGGACAGAAGAGCAGGAGCCCGGAGUUGAGACAGAGGCUAUCUUGGACAUCAUUCACCAUUCUGAUCUUCCCUUCUUGCUUUCAAUUCAUGUCGACCAAACGCUGGUUCUGCACUCCCUGGAGCCCCUCAUCCAAACGAAUGUGGACGUCACCAUCCCACCGCUACCCAUCAUUCGUCGCAUCUCUGGUACUCAUGACGAGAUUAUCGACAUGGCCUAUGUAGGUACGGACAACUCGAUGCUCGCCCUGGCAACCAAUCUGGAGGAUAUCCGCCUGAUUACUCUCAACACCAAAAGCAAGAACGAAGGCUCGAGCAUUGCAGAUGCUGCUUACUUUGGUGCCGACGUAGCUCUUCUCAAGGGUCACACCGACAUCAUCAUCACAAUCGAUACGGACUGGUCAGGUCACUGGCUCGCAACCGGAGCCAAGGACAACACCGCAAAACUCUGGCGUCUGGACCCUGCAAACAACUCAUACACUUGCUAUGCCACCUUUACCGGUCAUGCUGAGUCGAUCAGUGCCGUUGCUUUGCCUCACGCCAUUCCCGUUGUCGGCUCAAACGCCCACAGCAAGCCUCUCGAGCAUCCGCCAACAUACCUAAUUACCGGCAGUCAAGACAAGACCAUCAAGCGCUGGGAAAUCAGCUCAGCCAAGUCGGGCUCAGAAGCCAAGGCUGUUCGUGCAUCCUACACACGCAAGGCUCACGACAAGGACAUCAAUGCCAUCGACACAUCUUACUCUCAACAAGGCACUCUCUUCGCUUCUGCUUCUCAGGACCGCACAGUAAAGAUCUGGGACUUGGAGACUGGUGAGUCUGUUGGUGUGCUUCGUGGUCACAAGCGUGGUGUCUGGUCUGUGGCAUUUGCUCCUCCUGGUACCCCCGCCAUUACAGGCGACUCUGGCUCAAGCAGUGGCACAAGAGGCAUGGCUGUUACUGGAAGUGGUGAUAAGACUGUCAAGAUUUGGAGUUUGAACGACUACACAUGUCUGAGAACAUUUGAAGGCCACACCAACAGUAUCCUGAAGGUCAUUUGGCUCCCCAUUUCUAAGAACCCUGGAAAGCGUGGUGAGCGUAACCUGCAAGUCGCCAGUGCAGCAGGUGAUGGUCUCGUCAAGGUUUGGGAUGCCCAAAGUGGUGAGUGCGCUGCUACUCUCGACAAUCACAUUGACAGAGUCUGGGCUUUGGCCGUCAAAUCCGACCGGUCUGGAACUGCCAAGGCUGCUUCGACAGAGGAUGAUGAGGAGGCACCCGAGCCUCCUGUUGAGCUCAUCUCUGGUUCCGCAGAUGCCACCCUCACAUUCUGGACCGAUACGACUUUGAUGACAUCGCAAGCCUCAGCAUCUCGUGCUACCGCUCGUGUGGAACAAGACCAGGAGUUGCAGAAUCACAUCCAUGCCAAGAACUACCGUGAGGCCAUUGUGUUAGCUCUGCAACUCAACCACCCCAAGCGUCUACUCGAUCUCUUCACUCGUGUGCUGGAAUCAGAGGACAAGGAUGAGGAUAGCUUGACUGGUGCCAAGGGUGUUGAUGAGGUUUUGGGAUCGUUGUCAGAAGAGCAGCUUUGGAAGCUUCUGCUCAGAUGCCGUGAUUGGAACGCCAACGCUCGUACUGCACAUGUCAGUCAACGCAUUCUUUAUGCACUCUUCCGCUUGUAUCCCAAGGAGAAGUUCGUCCAGCUGCGGCGAAAGCGAGCACCUAAGCCUCCGGUGGCCGAUGAAGAUGAACUGGCUGAGGGUAUGGGUGCGCUCGAGGUCAAGGACAAGGUCAAGAAGAACGAAAACGUCAAGGAUGUGUUGGAGGGUCUCAAGGCAUACACAGAACGACACUACGGACGCUUAGAAAAGAUGGCAGAGGAAAGAUGGGUCUUGCUCUGGACUCUGCAGCAGAUGGAUUCAUGA